UAGCCUGCGACAUUGGAUGACGUUGCGCCCGAAGAGGAGCAUCUCGGUAAUCCAAACAUCGACGAAACAGCGUUCAUUGCUAUCGGUAACAAAUCAUACCUCGUCGAGUUAACUAACAGUAUGGCUGCUCAGAAGAUAAACGAAGCUCACGAGCAUAUGGCUAAAGCUGAAAAAUGCUUAAAGACCGGUCUGACAAAGUGGAAGCCGGAUUUUGACAGUGCUGCGUCAGAAUACGCCAAAGCAGCGGUGUGCUUCAAGAAUGCGAAGCAGUAUGACCAAGCAAAGGAUGCUUACCUGAAGGAAGCAGAGUAUCACACAGAAAACAAGACGCUCUUCCAUGCUGCUAAGGCUAUUGAACAGGCAGGUAUGAUGAUGAAGGAGCAAAAGAAGAUGCCGGAGGCUAUCCAGUACAUAGAGAAAGCCUGUAUGAUGUACAUGGAGAAUGGGACUCCUGACACUGCUGCCAUGGCUCUGGACCGGGCUGGAAAACUGAUAGAGCCUAUAAACCUAGAGAAAGCUGUGGACCUGUAUCAGAAAGCAGCUGGCGUGUUUGAGAAUGAGGACCGCCUGCGUCAGGCAGUUGAACUGCUGGGGAAAGCCUCCAGACUUCUGGUCAGGUUAAGAAGGUUGGAUGACGCAUCAGUCGCUCUGCAGAAAGAGAAGAACAUGUACAAAGAGAUUGAGAACUUCCCCAUGUGCUUCAAGAAAACAACUGCUCAAGUACUGAUUCAUCUUCAUAGAGGGGACUACGUAGCAGCUGAUAAAUGUGUCCGGGAAAGUUACAGCCUGCCUGGGUACAGCGGAAGCGAAGAUUGCAUUGCAAUGGAGACGCUACUGCAGGGCUACGACGAGCAGGACGAGGACCAGGUCCACCGUGUGUGCAGCUCACCUUUACUGAAGUACAUGGACAAUGACUACGCUAAGCUGGCCCUUUCUUUGAGGGUACCCGGAGGAGGAGGAAAGAAGAAGAAGGCCGCUGCUGCCCCACAAGGCGGCGCUCCAGCUGCCGCUGCAGAUGAGGAUGAUUAUGAGGGAGGGCUGUGUUAGCCUUCUGCCUCCAGAGAGUCGACUCUACCCAUCUGCUACUCCUCCACUACACCCUCUGUGUACGAGUUAAAAACCUUGACGAAUCCUUUCAGCUCUGAAGCCCAGAUGUUUGGCUGUUUAAUCUUAAUUGUGCAAGAAAAAAAGCUAAUUGAAAAAAAAAAUAGUUACAGUUGGUGCUGCAAAAGAGUCGACCCGAGUUUAAGCAGCUUUUUUAAUUUGUGUUUCUUUGAGGCGGAUCCUCGGUGUAAUGACAAAUCUUCCAUGUUGAAAGCCUGUUGUAUGUAAAUGUUCAAUUAUUUCUUGUUUCUGUGAAGCUGCACAUUUUACUCUCAUUGUUUGUGAGUCUUAAGAUUCCUAUAGGUAUAUUAAAAUCAGAAAUGCUCUUAAGUAUAUCUUCAGUUGAUCAGUGUAUAGGUGUUUAUUUGUACAGUUAAAUUAUUCAGUAUUCAUGGCUGCAGCCUGUUGAAAUUGUUACUGGAACAAUAUGCAAUCAGUUUGUUAAUGCAUGUUUGCAAUAAUGUAAUGGUAAAUCAAAGAUGUGUGGCUUAAAAAUGAUCGACACUUCAGAAUUAGUGCUUAUUGAAGAAAAUUAAAAUAACAGUACAGUUCCUGAUGUUGCCAAUUUUACACUGUUUUUGAGGUGUGUGUGUGUUCUCUUCCACCUUAAACUAAAAAAUAGUAAUGGCUGUGUCUUUAUUUCCACAGUACAUUCCUCGAAUUAAAUGGACUUAAACAUGAAAAGGGACCAUGUGAUGCUUUCAGUCCUUUUUCCCCACUGAUUAAGGACAAAAUCAUUUACAUGCCAAUUAAAAUUAUUCUGAUACCAUAUAUAACUAAAGGUGAUAAAGGGACUGUUUACAUUUUUUAUUUGUGCCGUUGUUGCCCACUACUUGUGUAUUCUUCAAAAGCAUAUCCCUGAACUUUGCACAUGCAUCAAUAAAACAUUUCCAUCAUGUGGCAUUU